CCACCAACGACCUCACCACCUUCUUGCUGCCUCUCCGCCUACCAACGCUGCCAAUUCCUUCAUUCUACCUCGACAAUGGCUUCCGGACACGGUCUCAAUGGUGGUCCCUCCCGCUGCUACCCCUUCUGGCAAGAGGUUCUUGGUUGCUACGUCGUGAACUCCGGUGAGGGCGAGUCCGGCAAGAAGAAGUGCACCCCGGCCCUUGAAGAUUACUACGAGUGCCUCCACCACCGGAAAGAGGCUCUCCGCACAAUGAAGAUGCAAGCCGCCUACCGCAAGGCCGAGGCUGCCCACCCCCGCGAGAACGCCCCCAAGGCUGAGCAAAUCCGGAGCCUGGGUCUGCUUGGAAAGGAGGAGGAGGCAAAUGCUGUGCUUGCGGCGCAGCGAUCAUAGGAGAGAGAUGAGCAAAUCCAGGGCGCGAUGGUUCUUUCUUUUUUCGGAUGCGUGUGAUCCUUGUUUCUGCUCGCCGGAGCCAACCUCCGGGGGCCUCUGGCUGUAUAGAAACGCUAAAUUUUUCCGACCGUUUGGUCUAUUGUUGAAAUGAUACUCCGGUUUUUCCAUGACAGGGCGUAUUAUCC